AUGUUGUCAGAGGCUGAUGAAAUUAUAAAAAGACUACGAAGCCAUCCAGGUGUUAUCGGUGUAAUAGUUUCCAACCGGGAAGGAAUCGCGAUUCGCACAACUCUUGAGAAUAGCCUGACCGUUCACUACUGUGGGUUGAUUCAAGCCUUGCUGAAUAAGUCUUCCUCCGUGGUUAAAGACUUGGACCCGACCAAUGAUCUCACUUUUCUACGUAUUCGAAGCAAAAAAAACGAGAUUAUGGUAGCUCCACAGCGUGAGUAUGUGCUGAUUGUGAUUCAAAAGGCCUGA